AUGCUUGGCCCAGAGCUUCCACUGCUGCUGCCUCUGAUCUGCUUGCCUACAGCCAUCUUGUGCUGCUUGCAGUGUGAUGAAAAGUUUAAGGAGAAUGUGUCUAAACUCCGGACUGAGGUUGUGCCACGCCAAAUCCAUGACACCCGCCUCAAGGAGCGGGCUGAGGCCCUCCUGAAAGGUCUUGAGGGAGACUUUUUCCAGCACUAUGCCACCAGCCAGUUUUCUGGCCUUGCCGUUAAGAUCAAGGUUGAUGCCCUGAUUGAGGAGGUGAGGUCCACUACAGAGAGUCUCCUUCAAACCACUCUUGAAGAUCAGGCUUUGCUGGAAAAACUGGUUGCCUUCCGAGCAAUUACCACCAUGAAGCUGAAAAGAGCAUUAAAGGAACACCAGAUGAAAGCUUGUGAUAAAAAAAUAUGUGCUUACCUCAACUAUCAAGUGCUUAAUUGCAAAGGAUGCCACACGAUCGGCCCUUACUGCAUGACACUAAGCCAGUGCUUUGUUGAUGCCCAGGAACGCUUGUCCCUUCGUUAUGGAAAGCCCCUGAAGGACCCCAAUAUUGCCCAAACUGGAGUCGCCAUUGUCCUGUGUAUGGGUGGAGUGUUCUUUCUGGUGAUGGUAGGCGUGAUUGUCGUGUACUGGAGGAACCGGCUAUUUGAAUUUGUUUAGUAGGAAGACCUGCCUGGAUACAUUUAGUUGAAAGACCUGCCAUCUCACCUGUAAGGGAUGAAUUCUGAACAGAUCUCUAAACUCUGAAGCCUUGAAAUUUGGCCCAGUCAACUCUGCCAUAAUAACCAUUGGAACCCCAAAUCAGUGUUUCUUCUGACCCACACAACCUUAUCUCUAACUUUUUUUCA